AAGAUGCAGGGCCGAAGCCCCCAGCUGAGCAUGGAGCUGAACAGACUGCUCCUCCUCACAUCCUUCCUCCUGCACGUGAAAGAAGACCAUGCCAGCCCAACACGGCUGGUCUGUGACAACAGGCUCAUCCAGAAGUACAUCCUGGAGGCCAAAGACAUGGAGAAGAGAGUGGGCCAGUGCCAGGCCCUGCCUGUGCUCAGCUGCCCUGUGGUGCUGCCCUUGGUGGACUUCAGCCUCCAACAGUGGAAAUCCAAAUCGAACGAGACAAAGCGGCGGGAGAUCCUGUGUGACCUGGCCCUGCUGGUGGGUGCUGCCACAGGGGCCCUGGGCCAGGUGAGCGAGGAGUGCGGGGCCAGGCAGCUGAGCCACCUUUACCAACAUGCCAACUCCUUCUUCCUGCUCCUGCAGACCUUCAGCUGGGAGGCAGGACACUGGGAGCUGAGCUGCUCCCCACACUCCAUGGAGCAGACCCACAUCACCAGUGUCUUCCUCACCUACCGGCAGCUGGUGCAGGGCAAGCUGCGCUUCUUCUUCCACGACCUGGCCAAGGUCUUGUGCAAGCAAGCACAGGGGGGCAGCAGAGACCCUCCGUGCGGGGCCCGGUGAAGCUGCACACAGGGUUCACCCCAAUGUGACUUUGGAGAAGUCCUGCUGGACACUGAGCUGUGCUCUGGGUGCCCAGGAAGAUGCCCACAAGGAAAGGGUUGGCUCCUGUUCCUCAAGUCUUCGGAGACCAUGCAACCCACAAAGGCAAAGAGCGACACCCACGUGCUGGCGGGCACAGGCCCUGCUCCCACCUGGGCAGGCACCUCUACUGUGAAUGCUUUUCGA